UUUUUUCUUUUCUCUUUUGUGAAGUAACCCACCCCGUUUCUAAUCCUCUUUCUCUCUAGGGUGCUCGAAGUUUCACGCGAAUUUCUGAAAUCCGAAGCAUGUGUUGCGGGCAGCAGCGAUCGUUAUCGAAAGACGAUUUCACCGAUCGGACAUCGUCGGCGGCGGUGGACGAUCUCCGCGGUCGCCUCGCUGACACGGAGGCUCGUCUCGCUCGCGCCAGAGCUCGGGAAGCCGAGCUGACCCACCGCCUCCACCAGAUGCGCCGCUUCCUCUCCGUCAUGGAGAUCCUCGAAGACUACCUCAAACGCCGCUACCACCAACAACAACAGCGCCUGGCUCGCCUCCUCUCUCCUUCUCCCAAUCGAUAGCCAUCGCACCUUUCACCUCAUCGUCAAUCACCAUCCAUGUGUAUAUGCUGUUACAUUAUUAUUUUUCUUCUUGUUGAAUUUUUUGUAUAAUUUCAUACAUGUUGUGACCUUGAUGUUGAUAAUUCUUGAUAUUUGAAGUCAAUCUUGUGCUACUUUAGUUUUUGUUUCA